GAAUUCCAAACGAAGACGGUGAGUUCCCAGGAAGGAACUAUACAGUUGGAAAAGUCAUACAACAACUGUAUGAUAUUAGGAAAGCUUCAAACCCCAAACUUGCAAUGA